AACUUCAAGGAAGUGAAAAUAAAAAGGUCUAGAGGUGACUGAUCUUUGUCUCUUCACUAGCUGCAUUACACAGAACAUGUUGCAUUUAUAUCUCCAGGGUUACCUUUCUUUAAUUCUGUUGAAUGUCGCAUCAGGAUUUGGAGAUACUGAGACCAUCUUAGCUGUUCAAGAAGAAGAUGUAGCUCUCACUUGUUUCAGUCUAAAUGACAUGGAUCCAAACAGCUGCUACAGAUACAGCGUGACAUCGUUUGUUACAGAUCAAGGGAAGGUUAUUUUUAAAUGGCCUACAGCGAGCAAAGACGUGAAUAAGCGUGUAAAAUGGGUAGCUGAUGGAAAUGGACAAAAGUGCUUAACUCUGACAAAACCUCAAAAAUCUGAUCAAGGACUGUACACUUGUGAAACGUGGAAAGGAUGGGACCGUGUUGCGGCCAAAAACAUAUCUUUGAAAAUAAAAGACUGCAAAGUCCUUGAACCUGUGAAGGCAGCACCCAGCAUGCCUGCCAAGUUAAACUGCCCAGUAAACCUGACAACUGGACAACAAGAACCUCAAAACAUCUCCUGGGCAAUCCAGAAAGGAGACACGCGUGAAUCACUCGACCCCAGCAAAGCCAAAACUAAUGGUACAUCUCUGACUUUCCAGUCUGUGAACACCAGCGACAGUGGCUGGUAUACAUGCAGUUACAUGCUUGGUAAAACUCAGCGCUGCUUUAACACCAAUCUACAAGUACAAGCUGUGGUGACCACAACGGUUCCGGUUAUUCCAACAAAAACUCCGAGUCUGCCAGCACCAAAAGCCAAUGAUAUAUCUCUGUCACAAAGGAAGGAGGAGAGCAAUGAUGCUUUAAUUGCAGUUGUGGUCUGUGUCAUUUUGGGGAUGAUCAUAAUUGCUGCUGUGAUUGGAUUCGUUGUGUACCGUAGAUGGAAAACCCAGAGAAUCACACAGUUACACCAGAGGCGCUUUAACGGUAAUUGUAUGUCUGCAUAUGAGAUUGUUGGACCUUUGACGAAUACUCCAGGCCAGCGAAUCAACAGUCUGUAUCAAAUAGCAGACGAAAGCUUAGCUACCUUCCAAUAACAACCAUUUUCAAGUAAGGAAGAAUAUUCUCCUCUGCGGUUAUCUCAUCCUUGCAGUGUGGGUUGGAUUUUCAAAAGUAGAUAGGUUUGCAUGCUUAUAAUGUAACCAAUCAUGUUUAUUUUUUUCUAAUCUUGCAUGCAUGUCUGUGCAUUUCUGUUUCUUGGAAUAGAAAAAAUUCUGUUUUCAAACAGGUUUUGUAAAAAACAUCUGUUGAUGAUUUUGAAGUUUGAGAUAAAGACAAAGAACAGCAUGUGGUUUCACUCUAGUUCACAGCUUGUAAUAAAUCAUAAAAAGUG